CGCCGUUCCCGCCUCGGGCACCUGCCGUAGCCACCCGCGCCGCGCGCGGAGCGGGGCCUGCUUUAAAGGGGCCGCGCGGCGCAAUGGCGGCGCCGUGGCUCUGGCUGCUGGCGCUCGGCGCCGGGCUCGCCGCUGCCGCCGCCGCUGCCGCCGCGCCGCCGCCACCCGACGCCGAGGUCACGUUCGUGCUGCCCGCCGGCAGACGGGAAUGCUUCUACCAGAGCGCCCCCGCCAACGCCUCCCUAGAGGCCGAGUACCAGGUGAUCGGUGGGGCCGGGCUGGACGUCGACUUCUCCUUGGAGAGCCCUUCCGGGCGGCUGCUGGUCAGCGAGUCCAGGCGCUCCGACGGCGUCCACACGGUGGAGCCCACCGAGCCCGGCGACUACCGGCUCUGCUUCGACAACUCCUUCAGCACCAUCUCCGAGAAGUUGGUUUUCUUCGAGCUCAUCUUCGACAGCGCCCAGGAGGAGGAGGAAGAGGAGGAGGAGGAGGAAGGAGACGCCUGGGUGGAGGCAGCAGAGCCUGAGGACGCUCUGGACGUCAAGAUCGAGGACAUCAAGGAAUCGAUCGAGACCAUGCGGGGGCGGCUGGAGCGCAGCAUCCAGAUGCAGGCUCUGCUGAGAGCCUUCGAGGCUCGGGACAGGAACCUGCAGGAGAGCAACCUGGGCAGGGUCACCUUCUGGUCUGCCUUCAACCUGGGGCUGCUGCUGCUGGUGGCCUUCCUGCAGGUCUAUACCCUCAAGAGCCUCUUCGAGGACAGGAGAGCCCUGCGGACCUGAGGCAGGGCACGGACGGACACCCGGACAGG